AUGAACGGAAUUGAAUUGCUUGCAUUCAUUUUAAUUUCUAUUCGCGAUGAAACGCCGAUCAUGACCGACGAACCGACGCAAGAAUGGAAGAAGCACCAACAGCGUCUUAUGGCGACUCUCCUGGAGGAACUAACUGGAAUGUCACUCGCGCAGCUCUGGCCGGAAGACAUCACGAAAUGGUGCCAAAGACUCUUUUCGCUGGCGACGUCCAGAUUUAAUGGCAGCUGUGGCCAGAACAUCCCCAACCACAACAGAUGGAGGCUGCAUGGCAAAAAUGCCAGGGAACUCAGGUUCCCGUGCAGCCGAUGCCCUAGGGAAGAAUGCCAUACCCUGUAUAAUCAUCUCCUGUAUAGAUACAACUACAAAUUACAGGCACGUAGGGCACCAGUUUUUGACUUCUGGUCUCCUUGUCCGGCCGCCCUCUUGGCGUUCCACCCGGAGCAGAUCUGGUUGGUCUUUGCUAGGCUGCCACGCCAAGCUCUGCAACCAGAUCAAAAACUUCUUAAAUGGGACGAGGAGGAGCAGCAGGACCAUGACACCCAAAAGCACCACUCAUGGGACGACGAGGAACAGCAACCUCGCAACGCGCAGAAGAAUCGGUCGUGGGACGAGGACGAAGAGCGAGACCGCGGAAUCUGGAAGCCGCACCCAUCAAAACUAUUCUGA